GCUGAGGGAAAAGUGAGAGGUUGUCUCCGCAAGAUGGAGAGCCAAAUUUUGCCCAAGGCCGGGGUGGCCGAUUUGGCCGAGUCAGCCGAGGUGGCCGACCUGGAGCUUCAGGCUGUGAUCGGCUUCAAUGGACAUGUGCCCACUGGUCUGAAAUGCCACCCUGACCAGGAACACCUGAUUUACCCUCUGGGCUGCACAGUCCUCAUUCAGGCGAUAAAUACUAACGAACAGAAUUUCCUGCACGGUCAUGGCAACAACGUCUCCUGUGUGACCGUCUCCAAGAGCGGGGUGUACAUUGCCUCGGGACAGGUCACAUACAUGGGCUUCAAGGCAGAUAUCAUUUUGUGGGAUUACAAGAAAAGGGAGCUGAUUGCUCGGCUGUCACUCCACAAGGGCAAAAUUGAAGAUCUGGCCUUUUCACCGAAUGACCUGUACUUGGUAUCACUCGGAGGCCCAGACGAUGGAAGCGUGGUGGUGUGGAGCAUAGCCAAGAGAGACGCCAUCUGCGGCAGUUCUGCGGCCGGCCUCAAUGUGGGCAAUGCCACCACGGUGAUCUUCUCCGGGGGCUGCGACGAGAUGUUUGUCACCGCUGGGAAUGCGACAAUUCGAGUAUGGGAACUGGAUCUCCCAAAUAGAAAAAUCUGGCCAACUGAAUGCCUCACAGGACAGAUGAAAAGGAUAGUCAUGUGUAUUACAAUGGCCAGUGAUGACAGCUUCUUCUACCUGGGCACCACGACUGGAGAUAUCCUAAAAAUGAACCCUAGGACUAAACUGAUGGCAGACACCGGGCCCGUGAAGGACAAAUUCAGUCUGGGAGUGACAGCGAUCAAGUGCCUGAAGAUGGGGGGGUUAUUGGUGGGCUCUGGAACCGGAUUGCUGGUCUUCUGUAAAAGCCCCAGCUACAAACCCAUCAAGAAAAUCCAGUUACAAGGUUGUAUCACCUCUAUCACGCUCCGAGGGGAAGGACACCAGUUUUUUGUAGGAACAGAAGAGUCAUACAUUUAUCGUGUCAACUUCACAGAUUUCAAAGAGACUCUCAUUGCCACUUGUCACUUUGAAGCUGUAGAGGACAUUGUCUUUCCAUUUGGCACUGCUGAGCUAUUUGCCACCUGUGCCAAGAAGGACAUCAGAGUGUGGCACACACUGUCCAACAGGGAGCUGCUGCGGAUCACCGUACCCAACAUGACCUGCCACAGCAUUGAUUUCAUGAGAGACGGCAAGAGCCUCAUUUCCGCCUGGGAUGACGGUAAAAUCCGAGCCUUCGCCCCGGAGACAGGCCGCUUGAUGUAUGCCAUUAACAAUGCCCACAGGAUCGGCGUGACGGCCAUCACUACCACCAGUGACUGUAAAAGGAUCAUCAGUGGCGGUGGGGAAGGGGAGGUGAGGGUGUGGCAGAUAGGCUGCCAGACCCAGAAGCUGGAGGAGGCCCUGAAGGAGCACAAGUCCUCCGUGUCCUGCAUUCGGGUGAAGAGGAACGACGAGGAGUGUGUCUCAGCCAGCUCGGAUGGCACUUGCAUCAUUUGGGACCUUGUACAUCUUAGGAGGAAUCAGAUGAUCCUGGCCAAUACCUUAUUCAAGUGCGUUUGUUACCACCCCGAAGAGUUCCAGAUCAUCACCAGUGGGACCGACAGGAAGAUUGGCUACUGGGAGGUGUAUGACGGGUCGGUCAUCAGAGAGCUGGAAGGCUCCUUGUCUGGGUCCAUCAAUGGUAUGGACAUCUCACUGGAAGGCGUGCACUUUGUCACAGGUGGAAAUGACCACAUGGUCAAAGUUUGGGACUAUAAUGAGGGUGAAGUGACUCACGUUGGGGUUGGACACAGUGGCACCAUCACGCGCCUGCGGAUAAGCCCCGGGAAUCAGUACAUCGUCAGCGUCAGUGCCGACGGAGCCAUCAUCCGGUGGAAGUGCCCAUUUGCCACCUGAAGCUGGGAGAUCUGACUCAGCAGCGCACACAGUUCUGGUGACCGCUGCGCUUAGAUAACUCCCUGGUUUUGAUUUCUCACAUCUGUGUUUUUGUGUUACCUGUAAGUUUCCUAAUAGUUCCUCUUUAAGUUUCUCCUUUCCUUUAUAGAAUGUAUGUGACAUUCUUAAACUGUGUAUUAAAACGGAAA